AACCGCUUUGCCGCCCUCGUGCAUUCCCCACUGUGAUUGGCUGAUUAGUUCGCGAGGCUGCAACCUCUCCGUGGCGAAGAAUCGGUAGGUUCUGCCCCGGUUCUGACAGACGAACAUCUAAAUUUAGCCAGGUCGCUCGACGCUGCAUGUCGACACUGAUGACGACUCUGUGCUGCGAUCUGUCUGCAGCGCAUUUUCUGGUUGCUCUACCAAGACGGAAGCAAGAUUUGCCUGUGUGUAAUUAGCCCCAGUUGAUCUGGAGCCCGUCGACUGCGGGCCGCGCCUCCCCAUAUCAGCCGUGCUGCAUUAACGUCGCAUCUGCAUUGCGACUUCGUAUUUCGCCCCCACCCUGUUUGUAUACGCCUCCGUACCGCGCUCUCGAUCGUCGGACUCCACAUCUGCUCAUGGCGUCGCCGGCCACACAGUCCUUCACGUCCGUAGACACGACGACGCAGGGACCGCACAAGGACGAGGUCGAGUCGCCGAGCAUCUCGGUUACGAAUGCGCUUGCUCGCUAUGAGUACGACAACGCCACACCGGGGGGGACCAAGAUCCUUAUGGUAGAAUGGGAAGACGACGACUCAACGCGAGGCGUGCGCGGAGAUUGGCAUGUGUCAUGGGACGGCAGCACAAGGGUUCUGCCUGCGGAUGACCAGCAGACCAACGAUGUGCACCGCAUGUAUUUUCUGCUGCCCGCAGGAAGUGCGGUUCCCAAGAGCGUCACUCUCGCACACCAGCCGCAGGACGCUGGCCGGCCACCAGUCGUGUGGCACACAAAUCCGCUGCCUGCGCUGUUUCCGCCAGAAUUAGGGGCAUCAGCUCGGGCCGCGGGGAAGAAGGGCGUGCUGCACACAAUAUGGGCGAAGAAGAGGCUACAGGUGCUGCAGAAGGAGAUCGAGGCCGAGUCGCGUGACAACGUCGAGGGGAUUGGGCUGCUCAUGGCGGUUCAGGAGAAGGAGUGGAUUGAACAAACAUUUGGCGUGACCGCACGACCGUCCGGCCUCAGCAUCUCGCUCCCAGCCGCAUCACCUAUGAACAACGGCCCUGCAAGCCCCCGGUCACCUGGUGGAGGGCGACUGCUGGACAAGCUCGCCGGCCUCAAGCUGACCACCAACCAGCGAGAUCUCACCCCCAAGCUCGAAGACACCAACGGCGAUGCACCCUUUGCCAACCCUCUGUCACCGGAAGGCUCAGACGUUGCCGUGUCUUCGUUCUCAUCCUUCGCUAUGCUGAAAGGCGAACACCCCUCGUCUCUCGCAGCGAAGCCUCCACAGCCGCCGCAGCCAUUGCAAACAACAGCGCCACGAAAGGUCGCAGUGCAGAUCCCGCCGCCCUCGAUCGUUGCACGUCAGGACUCCACUGGCAUGGCAUCGCUCAACGCGCUUUCAAGUCCCGCACCUCUCUUCCAGUCUCGAUCGCCUUUCACCGCCGAGGACGACGACAACGACGACGGCCUGUUCGCCAGCCCCAUCGACCCCCGGAGUCCUGAGAUAGGAAAGAGUCCGUUCUCGUUUGCGGGCAACGACACGGCGAAGUACUUGCAUAGGGACGAUAUUUCGUAGAAAGAAAGAAAAAGAUCAUUGUCAUUAUGGAGUUAGCGGAUUGUAGCGGAUUUGUAGACCUUGUCGCUGGCGGACGGUUUUGUGCAUGUUGAUACCUGGUCCGCUGCCAAAGAGCAUAGCUUUAAGGACGAAUGAAGCGCACGUGUGGUUUUCUAGACCUGACAUUAGAAAUGGAGUGUCGUGUGAUGUAGAUGUUCUCUU